AUGAAGAAAUAUUUCGGCCUCAGAGGCCAAGCCCUCAACUGGGCCAUCGGCUGCAUUGCCGGCUGUGACUUUUUGCUUUUUGGCUAUGAUCAGGGUGUCAUGGGCGGUAUCCUGACUCUCCCCAUCUUCCUUGACCAAUUCCCCAUCAUCAACCCGGGAGUCGCUGUUAAUGACGCUGAUGCGUCCAAACGCUCCACCUACCAGGGCAUUGCCGUGGCAUCCUACAACCUGGGAUGCUUCAUCGGUGCCAUCAUCACCAUCUUCAUUGGUAAUCCUCUCGGUCGUCGGCGCAUGAUUUUCCUCGGUACUUCCAUCAUGGUGAUUGGUGCUAUACUGCAAGCUUCUGCUUUCAAACUGGAGCACUUCAUCAUUGGUCGUAUCAUAACAGGUCUCGGCAACGGCGGCAACACGUCUACAGUUCCCAUGUGGCAGUCUGAAACAUGCGCUGCUCACAAGAGAGGUAAACUCGUCAUGAUCGAGGGUGCCCUCAUCACGGGCGGCAUCAUGAUUUCCUACUGGAUCGACCUUGGCUUGUCUUUUGCCCCUGGCUCAGUUGCCUGGCGAUUCCCGUUGGCUUUCCAGAUCGUCUUUUGCAUCUUCAUUCUCGCAUUCGUUCUUGGUCUACCCGAAUCGCCUCGGUGGCUCAUUCUCAAGGGUCGCGAAGAAGAGGCCAAGGAGGUUAUCGCUGCCAUUGCCGAUGUCGACAUCAGAGAUAAGCACGUUGAGAACGAGUUCCAAGCCAUCAAGGAGACCGCCUUGGAGAUGAGCAAGGGCACCUACGGCGAGCUUUUUGCUAACGACCACAACCGCACCCUCCACCGUACCAUCAUCGCCUAUGUCAAUCAGAUGUUCCAGCAGAUUUCGGGUAUUAACCUCAUCACAUACUAUGCUGCCAAGAUCUACUCUGACCUUGGCAUGUCCCCCUUCAUGUCUCGUCUUCUUGCGGCUCUCAAUGGUACCGAGUAUUUCAUUGCUUCCUGGCCCGCCGUCUUCCUUGUGGAGCGCGUUGGACGCCGCAAGCUCAUGCUCUUCGGUGCCGUUGGCCAGGCCGCCACCAUGGCCAUUCUGGCUGGCGUGAACUCGCGCCCAACAGAGAAGCCUUUCCAGAUUGCAGGCAUCGUCUUCUUGUUCGUAUUCAACACCUUCUUUGCUGUUGGUUGGUUGGGAAUGACUUGGCUGUACCCGGCCGAGAUUACCCCUCUACGAACCCGUGCGCCGGCCAAUGCUUUGUCGACUUCCUCCAACUGGAUCUUCAACUUUUUGGUUGUCAUGAUCACUCCCGUAUCGUUCACAAACAUCAAGUGGAAGACAUAUGUUGUGUUUGCCGCUCUCAACGCCUUUAUAGUUCCAUGCGUCUACUUCUUCUUCCCUGAGACAGCCUACCGCUCUCUGGAAGAAAUGGACAACAUUUUCCAAAAGGUCAAGGGCUGGCAGGGAGCGUUCGAUGUCGUCCGCCAGGCAGAAAUCGAGCCACGGCGAUACGGCAAGAACGGCGAGAUCCUCAUCCCCGUUGAUGAGGUUGAUGAAAAGGCCAAUGCCGAGCACCACAACGGCAGCACGAGCGAGGGAAGCGAUGCCAACAAGGGCAUGUUCACGGGCGUUGACGAAGAGAAUGCUCGGGGUAUUUAG